AUGGAUGCUUUUGAAGCGCGCUUGCAAUUUCUGCAAGUCAUCAAGAAUCUACACAAGACAUUAAAUGCGUCUAAAGAUAAUUCACCUCUCUCGGGCGGAAAUCAGCAACAGAAUGACCCGGUGUCAUUUUAUCUAAGACAUUAUGAGCAUCACUACGAGGAUUUCCAACAGUGCAUGCUCGAUUCGACUGCAAAAAUGGACUCUCUGGACAGACUGAAUGUUCUCAUAUACUGGAGUAGACUAAUAUCGAUGCUUUGGCCGCGAUGUAUGAAAGGUGUUGACGGCGAACAGAAUACUCCUGGGAAGGUAGUGUACGGUCAUCUGCUAGGACAGCUGGAUGAAAUAGUGUCUUUAGUUUUACCUGCAGAAGAUUGGAAAGCUCUGACAAAUCUAAAUGUAUGUGCUGAUAUUAUAAUGUAUCUGAAUCGACUUUGCCAAGUUCUGGAACAACCUCCGGAAGAACAGCAGUUGUUGUGUUCCAGCAAGCAGCUGCUAGAAACGCAGGAUAUGAUGUUAACUACCUUGCAAGACCAGCAAGCUCUGGAACUGCCGUGGUAUCACGUAGCCAAGAAAAGUCAAACCGAUUUUAAACAGGCGCUGAUAAGUUCCUACCAACUUCUAAUAGACCGCAGGAAGCACGCGGUUUACUUACAAGAGUUGUAUCGCAUCAAUGGCAUAUGCGCUGUAGCGGCGCCAACAAGCAACAGCACAGUUCUGCAUCGAAUGGAAAAUGACCGUGAAAGACACAAGAAAUCAAAAGAACAUUUGUGGUUUACCGAGAGAAAUUUCAUUCUCGAUUCUCAAGAGUUUGAUUCGCUCUGGAGCUCAUGCAAAGGAAUGACCAAAAAUGACUAUACAGAUAUUCGCGAUCUCAACAAGAUUGCUCAUAAUAGCUAUAUGUAUAAUUAA